AUGUCGCUCUCCACCGCCUCCUUCAAGUUUGGCUCGUUUGAAUGGGUCUGCGAGCGCGCCUCCCUUGUUGUCUGCCCGAUGCUCGGCGAGUCGGGCAUUGAACCGACAUGCUACGCGCGCAAUGUCCAGCUCGGCAGCCAGAUUAUUUUCCAGCCAGCUACCUGCUUUGUGCACAUUGCCGCGCUGGGCAUGACGCUCAUCAUGUUGUUCCACGUGCGGUCAAAGUACACGGCCAUUGGACGCAAGGAGAUUGUGCUCUUCUUCUACAUCUACAUGUUUGUUUCGCUGCUGGCCAUCUUUCUCGACUCGUCCGUCAUCCCAACCUCCAACGCCGUUUACCCAUGGUUUGCUGGAGUCUACGCCGGCGCAAUUGGUGCACUUUACUGGUGCCUCCUGGUCAACGGCUUUGUUGGAUUCCAGCUUUACGAGGACGGCACGCCCGUGAGCCUUUGGUCUCUGCGUCUUAGCUGCCUUGUUGUCUGGGCAAUCUGCUUUGUCGUUGCAGUUGGCACAUUCAAGAACACUGGUGGUCUCAGCGCCACGGCUCCAGUUGGCCUGUUCAUCACCUACCUCGUUUACCCCUUGGUAGUUGCCGUCAUUUACAUUGUCUCCCAACUCAUCCUCGUCAUUCGUACGCUUGACGACCGCUGGGUGAUUGGCGACAUUGUCUUCGGUGUUGGCUUCUACGCCUGUGGCUGCAUUCUCCUCCUCGCCUUCAGCAUCGAGAUCUGUGACGCUGUGUCACACUACAUCGACGGCGUCUUCUUCUUCACCCUCUGCAUGCUGUUCACCGUUAUGAUGGUCUACAAAUACUGGGAUUCCAUUACCAAGGAAGACCUCGAGUUCUCUGUUGGCUCAAAGGUCGCCGUGUGGGAAGUCAAAGACCCUCUUCUUGCUCCCAACCCCGAGUAUGCCGAGGACGAUACCCAAUCGGCCUUCCGCGGUGCCGGCGGCUCCCUUGUCGGUGGUUAUGGCGGCAACGCCAUGUACGGCAACAACCAGGGCUACUCCAAGUCCUCUUCUUAUGACCAGUUUAAUGGCCAGGAGUACAACUCCCACUACUAG